UAAAAACUAGGGUUCCCAUUCUCACCUUCAUCGUCCCUCAUUAUAAACCUUCAUAACUUAUACUCCCAUCCUUCCACUGUGAUUCUAGAUCACUAUCAAUAAAUAAGUAUGAUUUCGAGAUUAUCUCUUCUUCGUUGCUCAAAUGGAUUCAACAAAUUCUCGAUUCCAAUCACAUCAAAACCCUCCAUUAUGGGUUUUCUUACAAGACAGUUCAGUCUCCCAGCUAGACAAGAAGGAGAAGAAGAGUUAGAAAUGAUCGAUCAAAGAAGACUUCCAGCUGAUUACGAUCCAUCAAAUUUCGAUCCAACUGAACAUCGUAGUCCACCUUCUGACCGUGUUUUUAAUCUCGUUGAUGAAGUUUCUGGACUCACAUUACUAGAAAUUUCACAACUUUCAUCGAUUAUAAUGAAGAAAUUAGGUAUGAAAGAAGCACCUGUAGUUGGGGUUAUGAAACCUGGGACUGUUGGAGUGAUGAAAAUGAAAUCACCUUCAGCAGCAUCUGCUAAGGAGGAAAACAAACCUGAAAAGACUGUAUUUGAAUUGAAAUUAGAAGCAUUUGAGGCUGCUUCGAAGAUUAAGGUUAUUAAAGAGGUUAGAAGUUUUACUGAUUUAGGUUUAAAGGAAGCUAAAGAUUUAGUGGAGAAGACUCCGACGGUGAUAAAAGCAGGUGUUACCAAAGAAGAAGGCAAGCAGAUUAUCGAGAAAAUGAAAGCUCUUGGUGCUAAAGUCAUCAUGGAAUAAAAAGGUAGUAUGGUUGCAGAACCAUUAGAUGACCAGCCAACUCAACUGAACAUGCAGAGUGUUUUGCAGCACUGGAGGUUGUAUCUUGGGCCUAGACUAAAAGCCAGCUCCUGCACAUACAAAUUGUAGGUGAUACCAAGGUGGUCAUGGAAAAGCUUAAGUGGUCUAUCUAAUUUAGCCGAGUGGUAAAACAAACCGUUUUUGGUUUUUUGGAUAGAACAAUACACCCAUUGGAGCAACUGUAAUUUUUUGAUAAAAGCAUCUUGUUAUAAGGGAGUGGAAUAACUUACAAGUAAACUCUCCAAGUAACCUAGAAAUAUUGACAGCAACAUAACAUGGCUAGGUGAACCUGGAUUCAUUGAAUUUAUUUAUUUUUAUCUCUACAUGAAGUUGUAUGUGCUGAAGCUUCUUAAUAAUAAAUCCUUUGGUUUUCCUAUC